GUUUUGAACUCUCAUCCCUCUCACUCUUUGUUCUUCAACUCUCAAGCAUCGUACUCUGCUUGAGAGAGUUUUUCUCUUCUCCUUUUUUGGUCUCUUCAUCCAAAAGAAGAAAAAAAGAGAAAGCAAUUAGAAGAAGAGGGCAAAACAAAAAUGGCUGGUGGAGAUCCAAAACCAAUAGCUCUUCAAGACAACGAAGAUGAGGAUAUGUUCUAUGACGCUUACUCUGAAGAAUAUCUUAUGAACCUCAUGUCUAACCCCAAUCCAAGUCUCAUGCACUUACCCUUCAGACAAAAUCCUCUUCUUGCCCCUCCUCCUGCGCCAGCCUUGGAGAUUAACAAAACUGCGUUGUUGGGAGAUCCUUCGGUUUUGAACCCUCAUGGGGACACCAUCAAAGAGUAUCUUAAAUCACUUAGAAUCGAUGAUGAUUCACUUACUGUGGACACGUCGGAUACACUAAGUGAUGAUAUCAACGACUACAUCGAUUAUACUGACCUAGGAGAGAUUGGUAGUGAUAAUGUCGGAGAGAGCGGUAUUCUUCAGGCGAAUGCUCACGUUUUUGCGGAAAAUACUAUGAAUUUUGAAACCGGUGGAACAUCGACGAUUCCUGUCCCGGUUAUUACACCAACACCGACCAUCUCUCAAGGACUUUUCUUAUGCACCUAUUGCAACCUUCUUCGACAACUAGUCCAUGCUAAUGGUCAGGAGAUGAUGAGACUUGAUCUCUUUGGAGGGAUUGGAUACUUCUGCCAUGCGGUUAUCGAGAGUCGACGAUUCGAUGGUUCAAACGAACUUCGAUACCAAAUGAAUUUGAAGAUGGAGGACGUGAAGAAAUUUAUUGAAGAUUAUUGUGCGGCUAGGGCAGCGGGAGGUUUUGUAAUAACGCAAGACACUAAUGCUGAUUUCUACCAAGCUAUGAAUGCGUGUACCACAAGCAGCCAGUUACUUAUGUCGACAUUGCCACCACGUGUUGAUAUUCCAAUGUCUUUGGCUGUGCCUAAUGAAUCUCUAAAUGUUACAUCUGUGCCCCCUGCUGUGAAAGGAAAGCCAAGGAGACAAACCAAUCUCUCUGCACAGAGGAAGCGGACUAGGAGCUUAACAGUGAAAGACAUGAGCGAGCUUUGGGAUCUUCCCAUCGAAGAAGCAGCGAGAAGGUUGAGGAUAUGUACCACAGCGGUUAAAAAUAUAUGCAGGAGAGGAGAGGUAUACCGAUGGCCACGCCGGAAGCUUACAAGUCUGCGGGAGAAAGUCGCGGCACUAAAGAUUGUUGUAAGCCAAUCAACCGAUGCAGGAGUACGGGCUCGAGCUGAAGUGAAGAUCGAGAAUUUUGAAAACCAGAUUGAUGCUAUCUAUAGUAAAGCACGCUAAAACGCUGAAGUGAGUUUCAGAUAAUCAUAGACUACUUGCAUUGAUUACUACUUCCUUUGGUCAUCUUUAAGUAUUGUCACCAUUACCAGUUGGGUUCGUUUUGAUGGAAUGUUUGUACUACAGUUUAUACCUCUUGUCUCGACAUGAGAUAUACAUUUGGUUUGUCAUCACUCUUCUUUUGAAAACUAUACGUUAUUGAACGAUU